ACAUGGAUCAAAUAGAACAUACAUUACGGAUUCCAAGUUGAUGUCAUUGUUGUGGUGUAACUUGCGAUGAAUUAUCAAAUGCUGCAAGUUCCGUAUAGGGCAUUACAACUUCCUUAGCAGCUGAGUUCUUUAUAUGUACAAGAUGGACAGAAAAGGAAGUGCUGAAUUAUUGAACUCUGAGACAAAUCACUCAAAACAUGCAAGUUGCGAUUCCCUGGCUUCAGACUCCAAGUCCAGCUCGCUUAAUUCCAAGUUGGGCCAAGAGUCAGUAAGUUCAGGCAAGGGCUCUCCCUCUAAAAGCUACUCAUCAUCCAGCUCAACCUCAACAGAGAAUGUGGUCUCCACCCUGGAGAGCAAAAUUAAGGGCAAAACAAAUGUGUCUGAAUGUGGUCCAUCGUCUCGGCCAGAUGACCCACCCCUCCUUCCUGGGGAGAAAGUUCAAGGGGUGGCACGAGAAGUCACAUACCUUUGCCCAUACAGUGGUCCUGCCAGGGGUGUACUGUCAGUAACGAACUACAAGCUUCAUUUUCGGAGCAUGGACAGGGAUACCCCAAAUGUUCUUGAUGUACCGCUUGGUGUGGUUAGUCGAAUUGAGAAAGUUGGUGGAGCGUCAAGUAGGGGUGAAAACUCAUACGGUAUAGAAGUUUUCUGCAAGGAUAUGCGCAACCUGAGGUUUGCACAUAAGCAGGAAAAUCAUUCUCGGAGGAACGUUUUUGAGAAGCUGCAGCAGUAUGCUUUUCCUCUGUCCCACAAGUUACCUUUGUUUGCCUUUGAGUACAGCGAGACGUUCCCAGAGAAUGGUUGGAGUGUCCACGAACCAGUAGCCGAGCUUAAGAGGAUGGGUGUUCCAAAUGACAUGUGGAAGAUUUCAAAAAUUAAUGAGAAUUACGAGAUCUGUGACAGCUACCCAACUGUGUUGGCAGUUCCAGCUCAGGCCACAGAUGAUGACCUUAGAGCUGUUGCAGCCUUUAGGAGUCGAGGUCGCAUCCCUGUAUUAUCAUGGAUCCAUCCAGAGAGUCAAGCCACCAUCACCCGCUGCUCUCAACCGUUGGUGGGCGUCAGUGGCAAGCGUAGCAGAGAGGAUGAGAGAUACAUUCAACUCAUCAUGGACGCUAAUGCUCAGUCACACAAGAUGUUUAUCAUGGAUGCAAGGCCAAGUGCAAAUGCAAUAGCAAAUAAAGCCAAAGGAGGUGGCUAUGAGUCCGAGGAUGCAUAUCAAAAUGCUGAACUUGUGUUCCUGGAUAUUCACAAUAUUCACGUUAUGAGGGAAAGUCUCAGGAAAUUGAAGGAAUUGUGCUUUCCAAACAUAGAAGAGUCACGGUGGCUUACCGGAGUUGAAUCCACCUAUUGGCUGAAGCACAUCAAGUGCAUUUUGGCUGGAGCGGUCCGGAUUGUAGAUAAAGUGGAGAAUCACAAAACGUCUGUUUUGGUGCACUGUUCAGACGGUUGGGACCGCACAGCUCAGCUCACAGCCUUGGCAAUGCUGAUGCUAGAUCCAUAUUACCGCACAAUAAAAGGCUUUGAGGUUCUCAUUGAGAAGGAAUGGCUUAGCUUUGGACACAAAUUUCAGCAGCGAGUUGGGCAUGGCGAUGAUCACCAUUCUGAUGCAGACAGGUCGCCAGUAUUUCUUCAGUUCAUUGACUGUGUUUAUCAAAUUACAACACAGUUUCCCAAUGCCUUUGAAUUCAACGAUCACUUCCUGAUUACCAUAUUGGACCAUCUGUAUUCCUGUCGUUUUGGAACGUUCUUGUUUAACAGCGACAGGGAGAGGGCAGUGGAAGGCGUGAAGCAGAAGACAGUGUCACUGUGGUCAUUUAUCAACUCUCAUAUGGAUAUUUACCGCAAUCCGUUAUAUUGGUCUCCAUCCACAUACCAGCAGGUCCUCGUUCCAAUAGCGAGUGUGAGACACAUUAUACUCUGGAAGGGUCAUUACUGCCGCUGGAAUCCUAGCAUGCGUCCGCAGGAUCCUGUGUAUCAGCGUACAAGAGAAUUGUUGGUGCUGAAGGAACAGUUACAGAAGCAGGCAGAGGAGUGCAGGCGAGAGCAACAGUCAAGAGCUGCCAGAAAUAUGGCCACACCGCCUCGUUUAGCCUCCCCAAUACAUAGUUAAUCAUAUGUUCUGCUCAUGAAUUGUCAGCAUGAUGCUGAAAACUUAAUGUUUCAGCAAGCAUGGUUCUAUUAAAAAGCUAAUUUUUAAAACAUUUAGGAGUUAAAAUGACAGGGACGCAAUAGUGAGAUUUCAGUUUUCUUGGGACAUGACACCAUUUCAGAGUAACCAAUUGUUUCAGUCUUUAGGGUAGUUGCUUCUUUCUACCCUGGUUCCUCAGAAAUGUUGAUACCUAUAUCCCAGAAGACUGAAAUCAUAAUAUUUGGUGCGGUGAGAAUCUCAGAUCUCAUGCAGCUGUGGGAUACGUUACCUGGAUUAAUAUAAAAACUGGGUUUGUGUCUGAGAAAGUAUCAGCCAUUUCAGAUAUAUAAGUUCUGCAAACAAUUUCACUACAAAGUGAAGCAGCAAAUGACAGCAGUUUCAAUAUCAGAUUGUCUUACAUUUCCAGAGACUAUAUAUAUAUAUAUUCACAUUUUUGUUGAAAUAUGCAAAGCAACCUUUUUUUUUUAAUUUAAAUAUGUGGAACUUGAUAUUUGAGUCUCUUAUGAAGGUGAUCUUUAAGAUAUGAUAUCUCACAUCAUAAUGUUAAUCCCAUGAAAGGUUUUUAGUACGUAGCUUUCAAGCAAGCAUGGCUGACAGGAGAAUUUUUUAAAAUGUCUGUUGCUUGUUGGUGUCUCAAAAGCAGGCAUGUUAUCAGGUUGGGUUUUUCAGUCUCAUUUUUAGAUUCUAAAAGGUUCUGGUGAUGGUGAAUAACACUUGUGAUAACUAGGUUUCUCAACUUUGUCCACCAUCCAGUAAUCUAAAGAACACAACAUUCCAGAAACUAGAUCUGUUUCUGUCCUCAGGUGAGG